GAAUUUAGCGUUAAAAAACGGCCGCAACUGACGUUGUGCCGCAGAAGAGUUGUUGUGUCCUACAUUCUGAGCUGAUUGAAUCCUCUUACAGUCCGUCAGAACAGAAGCUGCUAACUGACAGACCCGCGUCUGUUGUAUGUUUUCGUUACUUAUUGUAAGGUAGGUUUUCCUGCUAGCUCUCCGCCGAGUGACACUAACAUGGAGGCGGAGAGCGUCAGCGCGGAGGAACAGACACGUCUGACCCAGAAAAGGUUCGAGGCAGCGGUUAAAGUCAUCAAGAGUUUACCCCCGAACGGUCCCUUUCAGCCGUCAAAUGACAUGAUGCUUAAGUUCUACAGUUACUACAAGCAGGCCACUAUUGGACCAUGUAAUAUACCACGACCUAGCUUCUGGGAUGUAGUCGGCAAAGCUAAAUGGGAUGCGUGGAAUUCUCUUGGAGAUAUGACUGAAGGAGAAGCGAUGGGCGCCUAUGUCGACCAAAUGAAGCUGAUCCUGGAAGGUAUGCCCAUGACCGAUGAGGUGGAGGAGCUGCUACGCGUCCUCGGGCCCUUCUAUGAGCUAAUCGACGAGAAGAAAAAAAUCACGCAGAUAUCGGACCUGGGCACAGGGUUUGGAACAAUGCUGGAGUCGAUGGAAUCAAAAAGUGUUGCAAAAAGCAUCAUAAGAAACAUGGAGAUGAACGGUACUCUGGAGACUCGGCCUGCCAGGCUCAGACCAAAUGAAGAAACAGAACAGGAAGAUGAUGAUGAGGAGGAGGAAGAUGAGGAGGAAGAGAUGAUGGAGAUCAGAAAAGCAACACAGCCCAAGAGGAAGAGUACAACCAGGAGACACAAAGUGUCCCUCCAGAAUGGUAAACUGUCCAACGGCGGCUCCCACGUGGCCAAUGGGAGUCAUCCCAGAGCCGACGAAUCGCAGGAGGUCUCAGCUGGGGAGCCUCUGCUCAAUGGACACCAUGCAGAUACAAGAACCAAUCCGGUAACCAGUGACUCGGACAGUGAAGUCUACUGUGAUUCUGUCGACCAGUUUGGCCAAGAAGAGAGCUCUGAGCACAACCGCUCUCUGGAUGACCUGGAGGAAGAGGAGAGUCACGUCCUGCUCCUGGAGGAGAAUGUUCAGGAUCCCCCACAGGCCGUCAGGUGUGGAGGAGAAGAGGGGGAGACAGGUGGGACGGUGUCGCAGAGACCGAGGCUAAAUGUGGACAUGCCAGGCAGCUCCUUGGCCAGAAGGGCUCAGGGUUCUAGGUCCCCAGGCCUUGGUCCAGGACCCCAGCUGCCCAUGCACAGCAGUGGAGAUGGAGACGGGGAACCCUGGGGAGGUGUGCUAACGUCCAGAGCGAGCCUGAAUGAGCAGAUCGUGGUGGCGCUGGCCAGACUGCAGGAAGAUAUGCAGAGCGUUCUGGAGAGGCUAAGAACCUUGGAGGCUCUGACCGCCAACCAGGCUAGAUCGGUGGCUCUGUCUGCUUACGGAUCGCCUCCGGUCAACAGGAGGAAUCGGAACCCAUCCUGGUGGCCUUUCGACAUUUCACCAACCAGCCUUGCCUUCGCUCUUAUCUGGCCGUUUGUGGUUCAGUGGCUCAUCCGGCUGUACUUGCAGAAAAGGAGAAGACGCAUCAACUGAUCCAGGUUAUGGCAAGACGGUAACAAAUCCCCCCGUCUUCUGUUCAGUUGGGCUGCAGCUUCUCUCGUCCUAAUUAAACUCACAGCAAGUAAUUUGCUUUUGCACUUCGAAGAAGGAACCUUGGAGCCAAGACAUGAAGGAGUCUUGAACGUGGAGUGAGCUGCGCUGCGGAUGUGAAACAUGAAUGUAUGGGCCUGUGAUUUAGUCGUCAAACUGUACUAGAAUCUGUGGAGAGGCUUGGUAGUGCGGAUGUGGACCAACUACGGUAGCUUCUCGAUUAUUUCCCUAACUAUGGCUUGGUUGCACAAAAUCUUCAUUAUUUUAUUAGCUGCCCAGGUGAUGCUGCUAUAUUAAAAUGUGAUAAUAGCUGUAGAAUACUUAUACUGAAUGUAAGAUUGUACUGAGAUGCGAGAGUCUUUCCAGGUAAUAUUUAUUGCUAUUAAUGAGCUGCAAUAGACGAGAUUUAAUCCGUGCUUGUUUUGUAAUUUUGUUGUAAACAGAUCUGCUAAAUUUGUCUCAUCUGUCUUGCUUAUCCGAACGUGCUUUACGUCAGGAUGGUCCAAUUCUUCACUUUCUCUAGGAAAAAGUGCCUCAUCAUCAUCAUCAUCAUAACAUAAAUGGCAUUAGAUUGAGCCGUUAGAGGAUUGCUCUUCCAGGUCUGGACCAAAUUAUCAUUAAACAUGAGUCUUUCACUCAGAUUUCUGAUAAUUAACGCUGUUUUUUGUUCUUGCAUCAUCGUAUUGGUUUUAGAUUUUGGCAAUCCAUUGGCAAAGAAGUGGCUGCUGUACAAAUUAUAUACAGUAGCUGUACAGUUCAGACCUAAAUGCAAUAUUUUAAUUGCAUCUGUAUUAAUUGUAGAUUAAUAUGUAAUAUUUACAAAGAUUGGCGUACUAAUUAAAGCUGAUCUUUUCAGAGCAAAUAUGUUUGAACAAUGAGAAAAAAUGGUUUACCUUUCUAUUAAAAUGCACUAAAAAGCUUUCUCACCCGUUCUGCCUGUGCAGAGUGGUGUAUGCAUGUGAUAAUCACAGCCUGAAAUAAAGUUUUGACCAAG